AUGCAGGUUGAGUUCGAGUUCCAUCGCUACGUCCGUCCUACAGAGAAGCCACUUCUCUCGGACCCACGCAGGUUCAGGAUCACGGCUGGCAGCACUGAGAAGUUUCUCGUGGCCACGAACAUCAGUGGCUGGGUGAUUUCCUACGAGGGCAUCACGGCGGGACCAAGCGCGGAAGUUCCUCCCACCCCGAGCGUGGAUGGGGCGGUCAGGGCGGACCCUGAGGAGCGGCAGCAGCGUGAGACAGUGCCGGUGAUGGGCCAGCAGCAGACAUCAGGGAUGUCACGUCUGGUCUGGACGGUGGACUUCUGCAAGGAGCUGACAGGCAUCCAGCAGGAGUGGGUGGAGGAGGCGGACACCCUUGAUGCAGUUCUCCGAGACUUCUACCACUUUCUGGAAGAACGCUCCUUGGUCCACCGCCCACGAGAUCGGACAGCCCAGAGCCGACGCUUCGUGAUUUGCACCGAUGGGCCUUCGGAUCUCCGUCAGUUCUUGGAGCCCGAGACCCGCCGAAAAGGUUUCGGCUUCCGGGGCUGUUGGCACUCCUACGUCAACGUCCGGCGGCAGUUCGCCAAUGCCUUUGGCUCCGGCAGAGAAUGCAGCCUGCAGGAGAUGUUGAGUUGUCGUGGCAUGUCCUUCGAUGGCAGGCCCCACUGUGGCCUGCACGACAGCCGCAACAUUGCCCGGCUCGUCGUGGAUUUGCUGCGUCAGGGUCAUCCGUUGAUGCCGACUUCCAUUGCUGAGCCACGCCGCAAUGGGAGAAGGCCCCGGCGAUGA